GUCCCUUCAUGGCGUGUCCAGGGUAUAAAAGCCCCAGGACUGAAACGGUGAUCACAAUCCCAGAAACACCUCCAUCCACAUCCAACACCAUGACCAACUCCUGCUGCUCCCCUUGCUGCCAGCCCACCUGCUGCAGGACCACCUGCUGCAGGACCACCUGCUGGACGCCCAGCUGUGUGAGCAGCUGCUGCCAGCCCUGCUGCCAGCCCAGCUGCUGUGGCUCCAGCUGCUGCCAGCCUUGCUGCCAGCCCACCUGCUGUAGGACCUGCUUCCAGCCAAGCUGUGUGAGCAGCUGCUGCCGCACACCCUGCUGCCAGCCCUGCUGCUGUGUGUCCAGCUGCUGCCAGCCUUGCUGCCAGCCCAGCUGCUGUGAGUCCAGCUGCUGCCAGCCCAGGUGCUGUAUCUCCAGCUGCUGCCAGCCCUGUUGCAAGCCCUGUUGCUGCAGGCCCUGCCUCAAGCCCUGCUGUGAGCCCUUCUGCCUCAACCUGUGCUGCCAGCCAGCUUGCUCUGGACCUGUGACCUGCACCAGGACUUGCUACCAGCCCACAUGUGUCUGUGUGCCUGGCUGCCUGUCCCAGGGCUGCGGGUCCAGCUGCUCCCAGCCUUGCUGCUGAUGACUCUAUCUUCAGCCACAUGCUAGCUUGCCAUCAUUUAACCAAACUCCUCCAACAAAAUCACUCUGCACGCUUUGCCAUCAUUAACUAUUAAUUUGUUGUCUUCUUGUAAAUGAUUGUGGGUGUCUGCUUGGUGAGAGAGCCUGCUCUUCUCAUUGCUUAGUACUUAGCUUCUGGUUUAUUUAAUCUUCUCCUGACCUUGAAUUGUGCUCUCACGUUCAGAAAAGAAUCUUCAUUCUUUAUCUCCAAGCACCUUGAGCAAAUCAAACCUUCACUCUUCUUUCUCACCCCUUCUCAGGGAUGAAGGAUUUCAUUUCAAGAUAUUCCUGUUCUCUUUAUUAUUGGGCUCACUUUAAAUUGUCUUCUGGAUUACAUGUGGUCUGAAUAAAUCUGCAUUUGCUUUCUGGAA